CACCUCUUCCCGACAUUUCCCUGAACCGGCUCAUCAGCUCCUUCCUUGCUCAGAUCUUCAGCACUCAGCCUGUGAGCCAGGAGGGCCCAGUUCUGAAAAGCCAAGCCGCCCUGCACAGGGCGAGUGGGGCACAGGGCUGGUCCGUCUCAGGCGUCCGCCUCCGCAGGCCUGGACGAUGGGCAACGUGAUGGAGGGUAAGUCGGUGGAAGAGCUGAGCAGCACCGAGUGCCACCAGUGGUACAAGAAGUUCAUGACCGAGUGCCCCUCGGGCCAGCUCACCCUCUACGAGUUCCGCCAAUUCUUCGGCCUCAAGAACCUGAGCCCGGCGACCAGCCAGUAUGUGGAGCAGAUGUUUGAGACCUUUGACUUCAACAAAGACGGCUACAUCGACUUCAUGGAGUACGUGGCGGCGCUCAGCCUGGUCCUCAAGGGGAAGGUGGAACAGAAGCUGCGCUGGUACUUCAAGCUCUACGACGUGGAUGGCAACGGAUGCAUCGACCGCGACGAGCUGCUCACCAUCAUCCGGGCCAUCCGAGCCAUUAACCCCUGCAGCGACUCGACUAUGAGUGCCGAGGAGUUCACCGACACGGUGUUCUCCAGGAUCGAUGUCAACGGGGACGGGGAGCUGUCCCUGGAGGAGUUCAUGGAGGGCGUCCAGAAGGACCGGAUGCUCCUGGACACGCUGACGCGGAGCCUGGACCUCACCAGCAUCGUGCGCCGGCUCCAGAACGGGGAGCAGGACCAGGAGGGGGCCGGGGGCGGGGCGGCUGAGGCGGCCGGCUGAGCCGCCCCCCAGAUGCUUCUGCCUUGGGCGGGGUGUGUGGCGGUGCUGGUGUCGCCAUUGUCGCUUUUACCCUAGAUAGUCUACCGAACUCAGGGCUCAGCUCCCGCGCUGGGCUGCACGGUGGCAG